CAGGCUACUGCAGAACUCACAGCAGGAGCAGGCAGAGAAAAAUAAACAUACAACUUGCCAUGUAGAGAGUUGUAUCUACUUUAUAGUAAAUGAGAAUAUGGAUGAGUUUUUACAGCGCACCAAAUCCAGGCUGGUGCCUGGAUCUAAGCUGCCCAAAGUUCAUGCUGUUCUGGGAAGUAAAACUUGCGAUCUUGACUGUGUAGCUUCAGUACUAAGCUAUGCCUUCUUCCUCGAUAAGAAUAAGCCAUUGGAUGCUGUGUGUGUGCCAGUCCUUAUCAGCCAAAGGUCCGAGCUGCACCUUGCAAAUGAAACCAGGAUCUUUCUGGAACAGAUAAGCGUCUCGGAAUCCUGUCUGAUAUGCUGGGAUGAGAUUGAUCUGCAUCAGCUGAAUACCUCAGGAAAACUCUCCUUAACUCUUCUGAGCAAUAAUGUGCUUACAAGUGAGGACUGUGCUUUGGAAUCGGCCGUUGUCAGAGUAAUCAAUCCCUGUGAGCGAUGGGAAAGCAGUGAGGAGUUGCAGGAGUCGUCAUCCACCACCCUGGUAGCAAGAGAGAUUCUCCAAGAGGCACCAGAGCUGCUCACACUGCAACUGGCUCUUCUACUCCGAGGAGCCAUACUUUUUGAAUCUAUUAGUGCACCUUCCAAAGAUCGCAAGUUGACCAACGACCAAGAAGAAUUGCUCUGUUUUAUGGAGAAGAAGUUUGGGGAGCUUCCUCUGAGGGAGGAUGUCAUCACAGUUUUAAAGUCAGCCAGGCCAAAAUUUCAAGGAGCAAACAUUGAAGAGUUGCUGCUAAAGGAAGUGAAAGAGCUGUCAGAUGGAGAUAUUAAAGUUGCAAUUAGCACUGUGCACAUGAACCUUGAGGACUACAGUAACUGCCCAAGCCUCAUUGGGGAUUUGAAGGUGUUUAAUGAUGAUCAUCAUUAUGAAGGGCUUGUCCUGGUGUCCACCUCAUUCCAAGGAGAUUAUCAGCAGUGCCAGCAAGUUGCAGUCUACUCUGGGAAUUUGGAGCUUCUCAACCAGAUUUGUUGUGAGCUGGAAGAAGCCCAGAAUUCAAGCUUGGUGCUGGAGCCCAUUGAAUGUGUGCUGGAUCAGAUCCAAGUGUAUAAGCAAGGAAACCCGUCUGUCGAUGUAGAACAAAUCAUUACGCUUAUGAAGGAAUUUAUUGAUAGGAGACAACCUUCCAUUGUUUCCAAUAGCAGGACGUCCUCAACUGAGGCUGUAGCUGGCAGUGCAACACUUUCUCAAGGAUCCUCCGGAAUCACGGACAUGUAUAGCUCUGAUGUUGAACCCCAGCCCAUGUCUGUGCAUUUUAUGGAAAAUUCCCAAGACUUGAAUGAAUCUGUGCAAGUUUAUGGCGAAGUAAAUGCAGAUUUAGUAAGUCCAGACAGUGGCUUAGCCACUAUUCGAAGCAAUCGUUCUUCUAAAGAGAGUUCAGUCUUUCUUAGUGACGACAGCCCUGUUGCAGAAAUAGUAAGUUCUUAUCUCAACCCUAUCCAUGGUUUCCCCUCCUUUAAUCCUGUAUCUGAACGUGAAACUACGCAGGAGCAAAAGCCUCUAUCAGGGAGCAAGAAUGAGAAUUAUGAUCUGUUCAGCUUUGAUCCAUUACAUAGCAGCAAUAUCCCCUCUAUGACAAGUGAUGCUGAUUUUUCUUUUGCAAAUGAUUUCUUAAUCUUUCAGCCUUUAGACAUACAGGCGCAAACACAACUUGAUGACAGAGUAACACAAAGUCAAUUGGAAAAGGACAUGCCCACCCUUUCGGCAGAUGGAGAAGCCAGACUAGUUGAAUUCUAUGAUGGGUCAGUCAAUCAGGUGGUAAAUGAAGAUAAACUUGCAUUGGAAGAUGAGUUUUCCACAGAAUAUGCCCAUGCAGAACUUAUAAGCAACCCUAUAGGAGAUAACAUGGACAAAAAGGUUCCACGGACACCAAUGAAUAGCCUUGUAGAAUGUUCACCUUUGGAUGAUGGAUUGCCAACAUUCUUUCCAGAAGAUGUCAUAGAGAAAAUAAGUGAAAUGGGUAACAAAGAUUAUGCUUUAGCAAGUUUUUGUCAACCUAACAUGUCGAAUGACUUUGAGGGAAAUACCAAGCAAACAACUUCAGAAAAUGCUGGCAUAUGGAGUGCACAUGAACAAGAAUAUGUUCUUGAGCAAAGUCCUGAUUUGAUAAUGGAAUAUAAUCAGACCAGCCAAGUUAAAAGUAUGUGCCCUGACCAGCCUGAAAACCUUAUUAAGGAAUGUAACCCCUUUCUGCAAGACAAUACAGACAUGAAACAAACAGUAAUUCCCCCUAACUCAGAAGACGGGUGCCUGUGGCACAGUCCUUUUAGUCAGACUGUAUUAAAGAGCACUGAUACCACUGACCAACAUGCUGUGGAAUCAUGCAAUACGGUACAAUAUCACAAUAAAACCAAACAAAUGUUAGAUGACCUAUGUGAGGGCAAAAUGUUGACACAGCAGGAUGAAAAUACAUCUCCAUUAGAUAUGUGGGACAAUGCUGUACUCAAUAAAAAAGAAAGGACCAAAUUACAAGACAAUUCUGAUAAUACAAGCUUAAAUGUAAGUGCUAAAGGUCUUGAAAAUAAUGGCCCAGAGGAAUUGGGAAUAGAAAUCUUGACAGCUAUUGAAUCUGAUAUCAGAAAUACUUCCUUAAAUGAUAUGCUUUGUACUACAAGCAAUGCGGAAUUGUUCCCAUCUAUGGAGAAUGUCCAGUCAACUGCAGUUAGACCAGAAGGUGACAAUUGGUUCAAUAACCAAAAUGUUCAUUACUGUCAGGAAAAACAAGAUGUGGGGUGUUCUAGCAUGGAUCAUAGCACUUUAAAAACAGACCAGCCAACAUCUGUAAAUACCAAAGUUAUUACUACAUUAUAUCAAGGGGAGACUGAGUCAGAUGUAUCACGGUCUGAUUUUAUCCCCCUAACCCCAGACAUGAAAAAUGUGACAACUGUUGAGACACAUUUGAUUGUGACAGAGAAAGGUAGCAAAGGUGGGCCUGUCAUCUCUGAGGAAGACGGAGAGAUUUUGUCUAACAGUCCUAUUUUGUGUAAUGAUGGUGUUUUGGUGUCUAAGUCGUUGUUCAGUGAAGACAUUUUCCCUGCAGUUGAAAACACCCAGUCUGGAUAUUCAGAAGCAUGGAAUUCACCUGUUGAAAGUCCAACAACUAUUUUUGAGGAUACAUUUUCAACAACUGAUGUACUAGAUAUGCAGGUAAGGAAAAGGGAUGACAAUCCUGCAUUUCCAGCUUCACAGUACACCAGCAUUAUUUUUGAUGACAAACAAAAACAUCCAAUUGAAGAAAAUCUUUAUAGCUGUAACCCAUUCCCUCAAGAAAGUCAUCACGCAGAAACAUAUAACUGGAACUCCAGCCUCUUUUCUUCAGAUCUUUGGAUCCCAGGCAUGCUUGGAGACAUCCAGCUUACACCCCCCGAAGAAGAAAAAAUGUUUAAACUGGAAACACCAGAGACAUCCUACGAUAAAGCAAAUGUGGAACUAGUGAAAGAGGGUCAACUAACUCCAGAGAUUUCAGAGGAAGGCCUUUUACCUACAAAGGAAGGAUCUUGUGAAACAGAUAUGUGGAGCAGUUUGGUUGAAAAAGACCACCAGGAAACAAGCAACUCUGCUAUUCCAGAAAACCUACAAAUUUGGAAUACAACUAUAAGGGAUGACACACUGUCUUGUGACACAAGUCCAGGGACCGGUGAUUCCUCAGAGAGUUCUGAAAUGUGGAAUGCACUAGGUCAGAGAGGCUCUUUGGUGAGCCCUCUCCAGGUUGUGCAGGAGAGCAUGGAUAUGUGGAAUACAACCAUACAAGAGGAUUCACAGCCUUCUGAAACCAGUCCCGAAGAAAGAGGAAGCACUGGGAAUCUGGAACCAUGGGGCACAUCAACGGAAAAUCUAUUUCAGAGUGAUGUGGAUUAUUCUGAAAGUUCUGAAAUUGGUCCAGCUGAAACCAUCUGCUCAGCCAAUGAAGAUGGAGAUUUCAAUGAGGUUAAUACUCAGACCCCCACAAUAUUACAUGCAGGAUACCCUCAUUUGUGUGACGGCACAGAAAUUAAUUCAGCGACUCAAACAUCAAAUGUUUGGAGUAGAACAGAAUCAAACAACAAUAAAAUAAAGUCUAGUGAGCAUGAUGAAGAAACCAGUUUGCCAGUUUAUUCACAAGUCCCAAGGACAAUGGCUGGGGAACUUUCUGUUUGUGACACACUAAUUAGUGAAAUAGCAUCUGAUCAUUCAGAUACACCAGCACAUGGUCAUAACACACCACCUUUUGCAGAAGAACCCGAGGGUUUACAUGCGCUUAAGAGUUCUGACAUGUAUAAUGUAUCCCCAAAAUGUGACGACCAACCUGAUACCAAUAUUUGGAAUGCAGUUAGACCAGAUGAGGCCCUGGACCAGCAAAGCUGUGAACAAGAAGAAGUCAUUGAAGGCCCUUACCAGCUAAGUUCUGAAAACCAGUAUGAAAAAUACAAAAAUGAGGCUCCCCAUGUAAAUAUAGAGGUUUUUGGAGAAACUACAAAACCAUUAUCUAAUGCAUCAGUUGUUGUUUCCAGCAUCGAGAAUGUAAUUACUGAGGUUGUGGAGACAGCUGAUAUUAUCACUAGCGAACAAGGAGGGUCCAGUCAAUUGCUGUCAUCUGAACAAGCCAUUUGGAACAGUUCUGUGGAGACAGUUUCAUCACCGGAAGAUAAUGAAGAUCUCAAUAUUAUUAGACAGUGCAGCCAAGAGGUUAACUUACAGAUCUCGCAAAGGAUUGACAAUGUAUUAGGAUCUACAAAAGCGCAGGGAGAGCAAGCAAAACAAACUGCUAUGGGUUCUAUUGAUAGUAUACAAAAUUAUUUAGCAUCUCAAGGAACACAAGCAGCUGAGUCAGAAAUCAGUUCUGUAACAACAUUUGAGCAGGAAGACAGUGAUAAGAAAGUCAACUGCAGUGACAUCGAUUUGGUUACUCCUCCACCUAGAAAAGACUAUUUUUCUCCUGAAGAGGAAGAAAAUCAUAUAAAUAUCAGUGAUGAUUUGGAAGUAAAGCAAAUAUCUACCAAUGAACCCCAUCAGACCAUGGAAGCAUUAGAGGCUUUUUCAGAUGCAUCUUCAUCUGAUGCAGCUUCACCAGUAGAUUUCACUGGUUUUGAAACAACAGAAGAUGAAAUUACAAUCAUUCAGGAGUCACCUUACAUGGGGGAGAAGGGACCAGAGAAGUUUUCUUUUGAUAUCAAGGGUGUGAACACCACUCAGAAAAUGGGCAGUAGCACAGAAUCUUGUUUUAAAAAAGAAAACCCUUGCACCAUGGAAGCUUCUAAGCAAGAAACAGAAAACAAUAAUCCCUUGAUCCCAGCAGGUGGAGCAAUGGCACCAGCUAAAUACACAUUUACAACACCAGAUGGAGCAUCGUUCAGUCAAGUAGAGCAGGAGGUUUUUAUGGCUAAGAAUGCAGAAAGUAUGUGUACUUCAGUACAAAAUGCAAGGUACCCAUCUGAUAGCAAAGUGGCAUAUUGUAGAAUGUCGACUGAAGUCCAGCACAUUGAUGUUUGGGAGGAUCUGUCUCCAGAAGAAAAUGAACCAGCAACACAGUGUUCAUUUGCACAAAACAUAAAUAUCCAUGACGAAUAUGAAGAACAUGUAAUUGACUCAAGUGAAAGUGGUAGUAACAGCUUUUUGGAAGUGUGCUACGACCGACAAGACCACCAUUUGGUGGUAGAUGUUGCAUCAAAUGCAUCUUCAGUAUCCUUUACAGAGGUAGGCCAUGGCUUACUGGACAUUGAGUCCAUGGAUGGAUAUAAGACCAGCCCUGAGCUACUUGAAAUGGGGAGCGGUGAGGAUGUUGGGGUGAAUUCAGACGAAGAAUCAUUUGGAUUGGAAAUGGAUUACAUCAUUGUUUCAGGCAGGGAAAGUGCAUUGCUUAAAGAGGACAUUGCCGAACACAGACAAGAAGAUCAGGUUUCUGAAGAAGUCAGCACACAGAUGAUAACAACAGUCUCGCAAGAGUCUGUUUCUACAAGUUCACCAGAAACAUUAAAGCAGAGUUUGGCCAACCCAGAGAAAUAUAGUUCCCUUGAUUCUGACAGUGUUUCUUUUCACACAAUUGGUGAUGGUACUGCUGCUAGGGUCAAAGAAUCUCUAGACGAGCCAAAGGAGAGCAAGGAACCUCCAGAUGAAAGACAGACUUUGAUGCUUGAAGAAAGAAGCAACACUCUGGAUAGCUCACCUGAAGAAUGCUCACGCAUGACUGACACUGCUGGGUCAGGUUCAGAAAUUUCAGUCAAGGAAGUUUGCUCACCAUUUACCAGUAAUUGUCUAGAUAAAGCUGAGAGUUUCUUUUUACAUUAUAGUAAUGCACCUUGUGAUUCUGCAGGCAAGGAACAGGUUAAAGAAACUGAGAUGGAUGUUUUAGGCUCCUUGGAGAUGAAUACCUGUCCUGUACCAGCUUUUUUUCCAGAGAGUGGAAAGGAGUUAGAAGACAAAGCUGGGUCCAUUUUUGGAAAUACAGUCAAGGAAGCCUCCUUCCAAAGUACCACCACUGUUGUAGAUGAAGCAGAGAGCUUCUUGUUACAUGGUAUUGGCACUCCUCAUGAAUCUACAGGCAAGGAGAUGGACCUGCUUGAAGAACAGAUUACAGAAACUGUGAUAAAAGUGUUCGACUCCUCGGAUAUGAAAACCAGUCUUAUACAUGCUGAUUUCACAGAGAACAGAACUCGGCUAGAAAACAUGCUCCGACUAUCUAGUACAAUAGGUGGCAGUGUAGUCGAACACCCAUUGACGAAUAUAGAGGUGGACUUUCCAGAAGAACAUCUUUCAGCUAAGGAUGUUUGCUAUUUAGAUGUCACCCAUGAACCUCUGUGCAAGGAGCCCAAGGCAAAGAUUUGCUUAUCAGCCCCAGAGGAUGUAGUGAAGGACAUCAAAGAAGACUUUUCAAGAUCACUACCAGAGGAUGUGGGAAUGGACAUUUCUUUUGACGAGGACAUGCUAGGUCCCGAUGGAGCUGACAAUAGACCAGCAGAACCCCCCAAUUCCCUGGACCUAAAUGGAGCCCAUCCACAGAGGAAAAAACUUUCCGCUCCUGAAAUCAACUUGUCUCUGGACCAGAGCGAGGGAUCCAUUUUAUCUGAUGAUAACCUGGAUACCCCAGAUGACCUUGACAUAAAUGUAGAUGACUUGGACACACCUGAUGAGGCUGAUUCUCUGGAUUUCACAGGGCAUGGCAAUGAACUUGAAUGGGAAGAGGAGCAGGCUACAAAAGUGGAUGAGCCUAAAGAAGAAGCAGAACCAAUUCCAGAAUACACUGCUGAAGAAGAACGACAAGAUGCCAGAUUGUGGAGGACAGUUGUAAUUGGAGAACAAGAGCAUAGAAUUGACAUGAAGUCAAUUGAACCUUAUCAGAAAGUAAUUUCUCAUGGAGGAUACUAUGGAGAUGGUCUCAAUGCCAUCAUUGUGUUUGCAGCUUGCUUCCUGCCAGACAGCAGUCGAGCUGAUUAUCACUAUGUCAUGGAGAAUCUCUUUCUGUUUGUGAUUAGCACUCUGGAGCUCAUGGUGGCUGAAGACUACAUGAUUGUCUACCUGAAUGGAGCAACUCCUCGAAGAAAGAUGCCAGGGCUGGGAUGGAUAAAGAAGUGCUAUCAAAUGAUAGACAGACGGCUGAGGAAGAACUUGAAAUCAUUUAUAAUUGUUCACCCCUCCUGGUUCAUUAGGACAAUCCUGGCUAUCACCAGACCUUUUAUCAGUUCUAAAUUCAGCAGCAAGAUUAAAUAUGUCAAUAGCCUUGCAGAGCUUGGUGAGCUGAUCCCCAUGGAAUAUGUUCACAUUCCAGAGAGUAUAAUAAAGUAUGAAGACGAGAGCAGUAUAAAAAGAUAUACAUGUAUGAGACUGGAUGAAGAACUGAAGGAAGCAGCUGAAUUCAAUAACAGCUUUCUAAAUGGAUCUGAAUCUACAUCUGUGGAACAGGAAGUUGAUAAGAACGUCCCUCAAAGCAAAUCCUAAACUUCCUGUAUUCAUUAUUUUAGAAGAUUCAGAAGCUCUGUAAUCUGCAAGAAUAUGUGAUGUUUACUUGUACAGAUAAACCUGUCAUGAGAUGUUUUAACUUUAUAUUCCUGAUUAUUUCUAGUAGAAUAAGAAAUUAUUGUAAAAUGUAGUCCUGUCUUAUACCAAUAAGUCAUUUUCCAGUAUUCACAAAUAUUAGUACACACUUUAAAUUACUGUAACUGUUUUGCUUUGUUUAUUUUUUUAUUAUUGUUUUUGGGCUAUAUUGAUAAAGCACUAGAGUACAUGUACGUUUGUUGGGCUUCAAUGCAUUUACUGGAACACUAUACUUUUAUGAAUAUGGCCCAGAGUGACUCCGUUGAUAUGAUUUCACACAGCUAGUACAACAGUUGUGUUAUGUAAUUUGUCCUGUAUACAAAGAUCCUACACAGUAGUGUCAUAAAUAUUAUGUUUCUAUUUUUUUCUCAUCAGUUUGCAAAACUGAAGAUGAACACACUACAUAUAAGCGAUGUUGACUUUAGAAAAUCACUUUUUGCUUUCAGGCACCAUUUUUCUGGUUUUGUUUCUUUUAUUUUCUUUUAUUAUACAAAAAGUUAUUUGAUGACUCCUCUGGAAAGGUGUAACUGAUUCAAUAUAUAAAAAUAGAAAAAAUAAAAUGCAUUGUGUUAAUGACAAAAGGUAUUAAAGAAAACAUCUGUCAAAUUCUAUAUCACUUUACAGUCAGACACUGUCCUUCAGGAGACUAGUGUAUUCUUGUCUGGUUUUGCACCUGAUUGAGCUCAAGGAAACUCAGGAUUGUAUACAUAUUCAAGAUCAAAAGCGUUUGAAAUUGUGGAAUCAACUUCACCUUUCAGGCUACGUAACUAUGUGAACCAAGUGAAUACACAGAUGCACACUAACAAAACAAAAUGCUUUUAAGGCUAGGGGGCAAUUACAUUUAAAACUAAAAGGCUGAUGUGCCUUCUGAAAAGCUGCAAAAAAAGGAACAGCUUUUCAGUUUGCAGUUUCUCUUAUGCAGCAUCAAAUCAAACAAUUGAUGAAAUUUAAAGGUGUCACAAAAUUGGAGGAGAGGUUAGUUUUUGGGGUGGGUGGGGCAAAAAUGUGCCCAAUGCAGGUUCUACAACACGUUAAUGAAUGUUUUCAUAUAAAAUGACACCCCCCACCCACUUUGUGCAGUACACACAGUACACAGAAUUUAGAUUUAAUUCACCCCUAGGUUCUCAAAGCUCAAAAUAGUCAUUAGUGUAUUUUGUUAUGAAAUGAAAAACUCCCCCAGUAAAGUUGCCAAACCUGU